AGCAUUUUUACAUUAGUUGUACCUUGAUCAAGGACCGUUUUUCCUAUCUUAAUUGGACAGAUUUGCUAUCAUAGGCAGUAAUAUACUCGAGUUUUUUCCAUAUUGUACAGAAGGCCACCCCCUUAAUUUAUUCAUUCAGUCAAGUGAGUACUUUUGCAGACAAUAUUUUUUGUCACGUGUAGGAUCCGCCUUAUCAGCUAAGCGAGUUUACUUAUCAAGUGAUAGUAGUGCAAUGCGAUGUGUUUAACAGAUGGGGUGUACAUCAUAUUUGAAAAAAUCUAGCAAGAGAAUUAGCGUUGCCACACCUAUAUACAAUCUACUAUUGAUAGUAGUGCUCUUAUAAUGAUUUAAAGAAAUUAGGUAGAAUGCGAGCAGUAUGCAUAGUGCGUAUACGAAUUAGCCUUGGAAACCGUGGCGUAUUGAAAAGCAGUGAUGAAAAGGCAGUACGUAUCAUCCUUGGCCGAGUCGUGUUACCAUGAUGCAGAGAAGCUUCUCGGAGAGACGAUCGCAAGUAGGAACCAUGGAUUAGCAGAGAUCGAACGGUGGCUGUGUAAAGAACAACCCAAUAUUCAUAUGCAGAACGAUGUACGAUAUAUUAUUUACUUUCUACGAACAACAAAGUAUGAUGUCGACAAAGCUAAACGUAAAAUUUUUAUGUAUUUUAAAAUUCGCGCGGAUCGCACAGAAUGGUUUCAGAAUCGUGAUCCAUUUCUACCCGAGCUUCAGGAAUUACUCGACAUUGGUGUUUUUCUACCGUUGCGGCAAAAAGAUGCCCAUAACCGGCAGGUAGUGAUUAUAAGAACCGCAGCGCACAAUCCGAAGCGCCACAGCCAAGAUAACGUGUUUAAAGUUGAUAAAAUGAUCCUAGAUCUGCUGUUAUAUUUGGAUGAAACUAUCUCCAUCUACGGUAUCGUGGCAAUUUUUGAUAUGAAACAUGUAACAUUGAGUCAUGCCCUACAACUACCGCCUUCUCUAAUAAAAAGGACUGUUGAAAGCUGGGAAAAUUAUCCAUGUCGACCGCAGCUUUUGGAGUUUGUGAAUGCUCCUAUUCACGUCAAUGUAGUACUAAAUGUGUUCAGAAGUUUCAUGAGUGCGAAAAUGAAAUCACGUGUUAAAAUUUCCAGACGAGGCACUCAUGUAUCGAAGGUUGUUAAUUUGCCUCCCGAGCUUGGUGGAACAGGAGAUUCAUAUCAUGACCUCACGGAGCAUUGGAAGAGGAAGGUACAAGAACAUGCAUUUUGGUUUGCCGAAACAGAGCAGUUUAAGUUACAUUUAUCGUAAUACUACAUUUUUAUGUUUAAAAAUUAUCUUGUAAUAUUUUUAACUCUUUGUAUCUCUAUUAAAUGGUUUAUCGUAAAGUUUGAAUAUGAAAAAAAACUAAACUAAAAGAUAAAACUCAACUUUAGUCAUUUAGCAUAAACGUUUGCUUCAAGUUACCAAAAUAGAGAACAGACAUCCAUGCUUGAACAAAUAAGUUUAUAAUACAUGUGUAAUCAUUUGAGUAAAUAGUUAUUAAUACACUAAUGCUACCAUACUAACAUAUUCAAAUUAGUGAUACGGCCAUUUUGAAAUAUCUAUAUGAUCAACUCUGAAAUCAGUGAAAUCUAUGCACCAAACGAAAUGGCGACCGUACCGCAGCUAGUGGUGAUAUCCCAAUUAGUUUUUAAUAGACCGUUAGGGGAACUGGGGGUAAGUCUGACACCCUGGGUAAGCCCGACACCCCACGACUUUUCCCAGAUAUCAAAUUUUAAUCAUACAAUAAUGACAUGAUAUUAUUAGUACGAUUAUUUUAGGCAUUUCGAUACACAUCGAUGCCAUAUGGAUUCAUUAAACGUCAACGAAAUAAACAAAACAAGCGAAAGCAAAGUAGAAGCGCUUUUGGAUGUUAUUUUUAGUUGAUACAUUGUAAAGUUUUAAUAACACAAAAGCUUUGAAAAUAACCAGUUUUUGUGUCACACAUUCUAUUCUACUCUCCAUAUCGUUAUUUGUGUGUAUUGAAGAUAAGUUUGAGUAUUUCAAUACUAUUAAUUGAGCAUUUAACAAAAAUGUGCGCUGUUGGGGUGAGACCGACAGUUUUUGGGUGGGGUAAGACCGACACGGUGUUUAGAUGAUUGGGUUCGUUUUUGAUUCGAUACAAACGACUGGGUAUAUUUGUUGUGUUCAAUUAUACUAUAAUUAUGUCAUGGUAAUAAUUGAAAUACACGGAAACUAUGUUUUUUUGCAUUUAUUUAUCAGUAUUAUCUCAAGCCGACCAAAAAAAUUAGAAUUAAAUUGAACGUAAUUCAUAGUUAUAUUACAAAAAAAAAAGGAAAAGUAUAAUCUAAUAUGAGAUUUUGAAAUGAUAUUGAUGAAAAAUUUUCAUUGACCGCCGGAUUAUUGAUCAACAGUGUUCCGAAAUCACAACACGAAUCGGAUAGCUUACUACGAAGCGUGCGUCACUUUUAAGUGAAUGAGUCCUAGUAACAGCGUAUAUAAUCUGCUUGCAGAACAGCUCUUCUUCGUUAUAAUGGCUAUACAAGUGGCAAUAAAGAUCGAAAGAAUUACAUGAGAAAACCCGUACCGUAAUAUAAACCAUGCGUUAAACAUUAUUUAUUCAUAACACCACGCAUUCGAAUGUUCUUCCUCUUACUACGCGAUGAAACUACAGAAAGCAUGCGUUUGCAUCACACAUACUCAUAUACACAUAAUUGUACUUUAUCACACAUACACAAUACAUUUUUAAUGGAAAAAAUUGGACAAAAAGAAAGUUCAAAAGGGGGUCGCUCUUGCCCCUUUGGGGUGUCGGUCUUACCCGCAGCGUUUUUAAAAUGUCAUUUUUCUCCAUUUUUUGGCAACCAAUAAUUUUUAAUGAAUUCAAUUUUUUGAAACGCGGAAAAAAUUAUAUUUUGUUAAGAACCACCUAAACAAGGAUUAUGCCCAGAAUAUACAAUUGUAGGAGCUUUGUGGAAUUUUAGAAAAAUUAUUGCGCAUAAGGUGUCGGUGUUUUUUUUUUUUGUGGGUAAAACCGACACUGUGGGUAAAACUUGUAGUAGAUAAAGUGAUAAUGAAUGUUUCGGUGUUCAUACUUACAAAAACCUGUUUUAAUCCACCUAGUGGUGCAAUUUCUCAUUUAUCCAAACUAUGAUUCAUUAGCUGUUUUUUUCAAUAGAAUUGUGGAAAUGUCUACUACGUUCUUAUUUCACCUAGCACGUAUCCCACGACUACCACGAACGCAGACUCACUUUAAACAAAAAAGUAUAGGGGAGACCGGGGCUAGUUUGCGGUGUUUUUAGUUUCCAUUUUUUACCGCUUGAUGUAGAUAAUGAUGUAGAUGAAAAAUAGAACAUGUGGCUGUUGCCAACAUCCCUGAAUUUUAUCAAAGUGUUUGUUGCAUUGUCUUUGUUUUUAUGAACAAAAAUGUGUGACGCGGAAAACCCGCCAAUUUACCCCGGGGUACGUUGGCGGUAUGUAUGAAUACGCCAGAAAAUGGAGAUUCAAUUAUGCCAAAGGUUCGUGCCGAAUGUCUUUUCAAUAAAAUUGUAUAUUAACCGACAAUAUAUUUCAGUCUCAAUACCCCGGCAUUUUACUUUGAUGCGUAUUUCAUAUUCAAAAGCAUAUUUUCGAAAUUCUUCAGGCGAUCGGCCGAAGUAAAUAUCCCCUGCAUUGACGAGAUACACAAAGUUUUACUUUGGAGUGAAUUCCAAAAAUAAAAAUAUUUGAUGACUAUAUUUGCACUAUAAAUAGUAGCGCCAACUUACCCCGCGUGCGUCACCGCCAAUUUACUCCAACCGCAUAUUUUACAAAAAAAACUAUUAAAAAAUAACUUUAAUUCAUGGAUAGAUUUAAUAUCUAUACGGAUACUGAAAGUUAUUUUUACGCGCUAUCGAAAAAUAAAAUCAAUUGGGAAAUAGAUUGAAAAUCAACCUAAAUAAUACAAAUGUGUUUAAAAUUAAAAAAAAAAUACUUGGUAUGCUCGAAAACACAAUAUGGCUCACAACUUUCACAAAACAUAAUAUUUUUUUAACAAAAGCACAUUGGAUAAUGGGUUUCACAUAACUUGAGCUACACAAUGAGAGGGAACACUAUAUCUAAUAAUUCACGGAAUCCGGGACUUCCGGAAUCGUCGAUAGUAGACAAUAUAUCCAAAGAAUGUUUGAUUGGCAAUCAGGGAUCUAGACGUGUGAAUCGAAGUAAUUUGGUGACCAUUUCAAUAGUUUUUAACCUCUGCAGUGUUACGAUUUUACCGAUUUAUAUGGGAAAUUCCAAUGUAACCUUACACUGAAAGCCAUUCGAUGAAAAAAAUAACAAAACAAAUUUUUGUUUUCCUAUUUAGUUAAUUUCAACACAAAAAUGAAAAACGUAACUAACUUUUCCUUUAAUUUUGCGAGAUUCUCAAAUAGUAGUUAUUGAAAAUGAUUAUUGAUUUCGAGUCAAGACGCACAUCGUACAAAAUGACAGCAAACUAGCCAAGAUGCACACCUUACCGAAAUACAUCAAGGUAGCGACAGCAACAAGGUUCAUACACGUUGGGCAUAACGGUUACGCAGGUAGGUUGCUGUCUCAGUUUGGAAAGCUUGUUUUAGCCUGCACUCAACUACCUGUACCAAUACACAAAUAACAGAAAUUCUUAACUUCAUUGUCGAUUUUAACUAGUUUAUCUUUAAAAACAUUUAAAUAAAGGGAUGAAAUUGA